GCGACUACUUGCGGCCCCGAGUCUCUCUUUCAACCUUCACUCUACUGAAUCAGGAGGGGCACCUUCACCAAGCUCCGUGGUGCAUCGGCAGCGGCUUAAUAAUUAAAGGAAAAUACAAUAUUCUUCAGAAACAUCAUGUCCCUUCUGACUGUAAGCAGGCUAGCGCCUAGGCUCCUCAAUUCAAAGAACGCGGCCUGCGUCCUCGUGGCCGCCAGAAACGCCAGCGCGUCAGCGAACCUGAAGGAUGUUCUCUCAGACCUCAUCCCCAAAGAACAGAGCAGGAUCAAGAACUUCAAACAGCAGUAUGGCAAAACCAACAUCGGCCAGAUCACUGUGGACAUGGUAUACGGCGGCAUGAGGGGGAUGAAGGGCCUGGUGUACGAGACCUCUGUGCUGGAUCCAGAUGAGGGAAUCCGUUUCCGUGGAUACAGCAUUCCUGAAUGUCAACAGUUGCUGCCCAAGGCCCCCGAAGGCCAGGAGCCCCUCCCAGAGGGCCUGUUUUGGCUCCUGGUUACCGGGCAGGUCCCCACAGAGGAGCAGGUGAGCUGGGUGUCUAAGGAGUGGGCCAAGCGGGCGGCCCUCCCGUCCCACGUGGUCACCAUGCUGGACAACUUCCCCACCAACCUGCACCCCAUGUCCCAGUUCAGCGCCGCCAUCACCGCGCUCAACAGCGAGAGCAGCUUCGCCCGCGCCUACUCCGAGGGCGUCAACAAGGCCAAGUACUGGGAGUUCAUCUAUGAGGAUUCCAUGGACUUGAUCGCAAAGCUGCCGUGUGUGGCGGCAAAGAUCUACCGCAACCUGUACCGCGAGGGCAGCAGCAUCGGCGCCAUCGACUCCAACCUGGACUGGUCCCACAACUUCACCAACAUGCUGGGCUACAGCGAGCCUCAGUUCACCGAGCUCAUGAGGCUAUACCUCACCAUUCACAGUGACCAUGAGGGUGGAAACGUCAGUGCCCACACCAGCCACCUGGUGGGCAGUGCCCUGUCCGACCCCUACCUCUCCUUCAGCGCCGCCAUGAACGGGCUGGCAGGACCCCUGCACGGGCUGGCCAACCAGGAGGUGCUGGUGUGGCUGACGGCUCUGCAGAAGGAGCUGGGAGGGGAGGUGUCUGACGAGAAGCUGAGGGAUUACAUCUGGAACACGCUGAAGUCCGGCAGGGUGGUGCCGGGGUACGGCCACGCCGUGCUGAGGAAAACGGACCCGCGGUACACCUGCCAGCGCGAGUUCGCCCUCAAGCACCUCCCCGACGACCCCAUGUUCAAACUGGUGGCCCAGCUCUACAAGAUCGUGCCCAACGUCCUGCUGGAGCAGGGCAAGGCCAAGAACCCCUGGCCCAACGUGGACGCCCACAGCGGGGUCCUGCUGCAGUACUACGGCAUGACGGAGAUGAACUACUACACGGUGCUGUUCGGCGUGUCGCGGGCCCUGGGCGUCCUGGCCCAGCUGGUGUGGAGCCGAGCCCUGGGGUUCCCCCUGGAGCGCCCCAAGUCCAUGAGCACGGACGGGCUGAUGGCGCUGGUGGGGGCCAAGUCGGGUUAAAGAGCGGGACGGGGUCGGGGGGGAGGGGCGCGAGAAGGGGAGGAGGAGGAGGAAGAGCUGCAAGAUUACCCCUGGGGAGGGGGAUUCAAAGAGACAGUACGCUUUUAAAUGAGUUUCGAGAUAUAAUUGUAAAAAGGGCCUUUACAUUAGAUUGCAUUAGGUUACCAAGUAAAGUGGUAUUCGUUGAUAAAUGUUUUCACACAAAAAAACAGUUUUCAAAAAGAGAGAGGGAAGUUUUUUCUUUUUUUCUUUCUGUAUUUAUUCCCCCUUUUUGAAACAUCCCAUGCUUAAAACAGAGUUUUUAGAAAGUGCUUCUUUUCCACUGAGAACAUGCGCCAUUGGUUUGAAGUCUGGCAGCUUAAUUAAAAAGGAACCCUAUUCUUCCCUGGGUUCAGGGAGGCGACCAGCCAAUCGUGAAGCUCUCGUGCUCCACGCUGGCCAAUGGCGCAUGGUCUCGUGUCGCCGCAUCUCACCGAUGAGGUCUGUACCCCAACGCCGUGGUUUGGAAGCUUCUAGAAGCCCCGAGCCUGGCUCCGUUAAAAGGAGGGACCGCUGGUGAAGGGGGCCUUUCCUGCUGAAGCCGGGGCAAACGCUGAGACUGACACGGCGGGCCGCCGCGCGCUAAUCGCCAUCGCCACCGUUCUGACAUCAUGGCGUACGGAUCCCUUCAUGAGGAUGGGGGGUUUUCCGGAAGCAUCCGGCUCGUCAGAACCUGCAACCCUGUACGCACAACACAACCUCGCCACAACACACCACGCCCGUGACAUGGCUGCAGUCUUUACACACAGCGCUCACCUUAGUGUCCUCUGGUCCAGGGAGGCCCGGCGAGCGUACAUCCGCUCCCCUCUCAUUCGGUAUAACGCACACAGACGAAACUGACAGGGCAGAGGCUGGCAGCAGGCUGCUCCUGAGGGUCGGAGUUCUCUCGAACGGCGCUGCCAGCGUUUGCCGAAUCUCCACACCUCGCCAGCACGAACAAGGAAACUGAACCGAACGAAUUCUCCCGAAAAAAAGCUUUCCCGCGCGUCUUUGCCCCUGCUUCAGCCCGGACGGCCCGCGGCGGGAGAGCUCCCCGCCACAGCACUCCACGCUCGGCUUCCUGUCCCGGCUCCCGUUAGACUAAAGAUCAGGCCGUUUUUUUUUCUUCUUCUUUUUGUCCCCCCACCCCCCAGUUAAAUGGGUACUGCCCCUUUAAAUCGACGGUCUUCGUGAGGCUCUCCUGCCUCGGCGAGCCUCCCUUCUGGCCUCUGGCCCGCGCAGCCGCCUUCUCUGAUCAGAGUGACCUGCCGCUGGCCGCCUCAGUCGCUGCCUUUUAUGCCCGAAACCCGGAUGUGUUGGAAAAGUGUAAAGUGGGUAAGGUGUAACUAAUUUAAAUUAUAGCUCGGUUUGUGGAAAAGGGUACAGUGGGUGCUGGGUUUCUGGUUUCUUUUGCUUGAAGAGGCGGAGGUCAGUUUUCAGUUUGGUUGUUUCUUUUAUUCUCCCCUCAUCCCCCCCACCCCCCCACCCCCACCCCCACUUGAGAGCAGCCAGGAAACAUUGGGAAGGAGCAGUCCAGGAGUCCGUCUUGUGCGUUUGAAGCCAGUUUAAAUUUUUAGAGUUUAAAUGGUGUGUGUACUUUUUUUUUUUUUCUUGCUAAAUCGGAGCACUUCAGUGAUCUGCUACUCCUAAAUGAGCACUUGAGUCCUGGUCGCCAGUGGUCGCCCCUUGUUUGACGUAGUUCCCCCCUUUAGAUGACUUGGUUUGGUGUGCGAUAUCCAUGUUGUAAUGAAAAAAGAAUUGUUUAUUUUGUCUGCUUUUAAUUGGUGGUAUAAUAAUAAUUAGUAUUUUGCUGGUGCUCAACUGUAAUCUGACAGUGGUGUUGAGGCUGGAAUUCAGGUUUACACAAGCGCUCACACACACGUACGCAUGUACACACAGCAGGCUGUUCUACUCUUAUGUAGCUUAAUGAUUUAGUCGGCAUUAACAGGAAGAGGCUAGCCCUUUAAUCGGCUCUGUUUGUAAAUAACACUGUGCUGGCCAGUGAGGGGUGUAGGUAGGGGAGUCCCCCUGGACGGGCUGCUGUAGGCUGUACUCCUGGGCUGCUCUCGGGUCUAACGGGACGGGGAGCCCCCGUGCACCUUUACCUGUCUCCGCACAGGCCCUCAAACACUCCGCACCUGGGUGCACUCGAUUCCUUCUGCCUGAGUCUCGCUUCAGCGCUUCCCACUGCUCUGUGCUCGGUUAGUGAGGUCUGACGGUCCUGUUUUUCUCGUGUGGCGUGUGGCCUGCUGUCUCUUUCUCUCUCUCCCUCACGCACUGUGUGUGUGCGGGUCUGCGUGUGUCGGCGUGUGCGUGUCUGUCCAGUUUAUAUCCGUGUGGUUUUGGUCCCAUUGUGAGGUCACAGCGCAGGUUACUCUGAUUGGAUAAUGCAGUGAAGACGAGGGUGGAGGCGGCGAGGGGUGCAUUGAGGUGGGAAUAAUAAGGGGGAACUGUAGAGGGACAGGGAAUUGGGCUUGGAAGGGAGGGCAAUGCAUAGGAGUAAAAAAUGGAAAAUGCAACAAAAAAAAUGAAAACCAAUAAAUGUUUUUAUUAACGAA